CCUCCAAAUGCGAUCAUCGUAUUUUUUUACUGUAGUUCGGUGACUAUAUUCUUCACAAUAAUCAAAUUGGUCAGUUAUCGCCUACACCUCAUGUUUGAUAAAGGAGAAGUAAUUCAGCAAAAGUCCUCCAAAAAGAAAGAAAAGCCAAAUAAAGACAAAGAGACCAACAGUGAACGUAUAACGAGUCACAAAAAUCCAAGCAAUAACAGGCGGAUUCACCGUGGCAAAAAGGAAGAAGCCAGCCAGAACCUCGCUACACCUCCCCUCCGCUGCAGCUCUGGGGGACAGGGCAUGAACUCGCAUCACUCAUCUGGGCUGUCGGAGUUGCCAGCGCAGGAAACAGUGGAAGAUCUCAAAGGUGUCAUCCUGUCAGAAGACCAACCUGCGGCACCAGUGUCAUCUACCUCACCUGGUAUCAAAACGGCAAGCUUAGCUGCUUCUCAGGCACGGAUGCUGGAAGCCACGCCCGAGUCAGUAAUGCCAGCGAAACCAGUGGCUGCGGAAACAUUCAUCCAUGGUAAAGCCAAGGAUAGAGGAGGGAAGAUGCAGCCUCCUUUGCGCCAUAGAUCCGAGGGCGGCUUGGAGGACAAGGGACCCUUGAAGAAGUCACCCCACUUGUCUCUGUCUCAGUAUGACUUACUAGAAACAGACGUGUCUUUCCAGCUGUGGGGGAGUGAGCAUUCAGUCCUGAUUCCAGAACCUGUCAGUUGUCCCCAGGGCUCCAUAAGGGGACAGGUACAAAGCAAGUCACCUCAGGACAGCCUGAGCAGCAGCUGCCCUCAGUGUAACACCGUCGUGGCCAAGCCUGCAGAGGGGCAGGCGGACACUUCCUGUCAGGUGGACCUGCCCUUGAACCAGGAAGUGGACUCCUUGGAGAGUGAGGUAGCCGUUACUCUGAUCGAUACUUCUCAACCCGGAAACCCUCUGAGUCUGCACGAACCCAUCAAAAUUGUUAUCACGAUGAGUAGCACCCCGAACUCCAUGACAGACUUGGAAAGCUCCCUCCACCUGGAGGUGGUUGGUACAGAGGGGACGGCUUUAAAGUCUGACACUGAGCUAGCUACCCCAGGAGUGGCCAGUCCUCCACACGCUGAGCAGAUCAGAAUUCCCAUGAUCACCCUUGAACCGUCUGAGGAUCGGGGAGGAAGCGUUUCUCGUCCUGAAGGCAAUGGAAACGAAAGGACUCCAGAGAGACCGAGGGUGGAGGCAUCUGCCAGUCAGUGUUCAGGCCACGCGUCUGGGGAGGGUACAGGUACCACCAAGGACUGUAGUUCUUCCUCACGGGACCCUGGGGAAACAGCACCCCCACUCACCCCUGACUUGGCCUCCGAGUCUGCCAGGGGGAAGGAAAGCCAGGCUAGCCUUGACCCAGCAUCUUGCAAGACCAGCCACGAAAAGAGACAUGCCCGGGUGCUCAGUGUGGAUAGUGGGACAGAUGUCUUCUUGAGUAAAAGUUCUGCAGAAAUUAUUAACGAAAACAAAGAGAAAACAAUGCCAACUUCCAAAUCUGACCUAGAGGCUAAGGAAGGGCAAAUCCCAAAUGAGUCUAGCUUCCUGGAGUUUGUCUCCCUGUUAGAAUCAAUUAAUACGUCCAAGGUGGUGGCGUCCGAUCAAUCAAAUGGCUCAGCAGAGCAGAAUGAAGAAAGUGGGCUUCUCCAAGAUAAUUGUUCCCAGGAGAAAAAGGAGGAAAUCCCGGAAAGGGAAAAGCCCAGUGGACACGAUUCCAAGCAAGGAAAGCCAGGCUUGCAAAGUCAAGACCAUACUAGUGCCAGCCCUGUGUGCGCUCAACCCGCCAAGACCCCGGCCUUUUUCCAGGGCAAUAGACAAAGACAGAUAAUCUACAGGGUAACUUCCCAACAAGAUAGUUCUGUCUUACAAGUCAUCAGUGGGCCGGAAACGUCUGUGCAGGAGGAGAUAUCUGUGGAUGCUAUGCAUGUCUUCAUCGACGAACACGGAGAAAUUAGAUCCUGUUAUUUGAAGUCUGGAAAUCAGAAAGAAGGUCUUUUAGAGCAUCCGUCAUCACACUGCGACUGUCUCUCUCAGGCUCGAGAGAUACAGGUCAGCUCCUCCAGCACCACGACUUCUGAGAGUCAGGAGCCAUCUUCUGGAGACCCCGCAGUCAGUGCCCUUCAACAGCAGCUGCUACUCAUGGUGGCUCGGAGGACCCAGUCAGAAACCCCCCGGCAUGUGAGUCAGGAUCUGGAAGACUCUUCAUGUUCUUCAACACAAGGAAAAUUUAACCGAGAGCAGUUUUACAAAUUUAUCAUUUUCCCUGGCAAGUGGAUUAAAGUCUGGUACGACCGACUUACUUUGCUGGCGUUGCUUGAUCGAACUGAAGAUGUCAAGGAGAAUGUGCUGGCGAGUUUACUCAUUGUCCUGGUUUCCCUCCUCGGAUUUCUGACACUGAACCGGGGUUUUUGCAAAGACAUGUGGGUGCUUCUCUUCUGCCUUGUGAUGGCCAGCUGCCAGUACUCCCUGUUAAAGAGCGUCCAGCCUGACCCCGCCUCACCAAUACAUGGACACAACCAAAUCAUAACAUAUAGCAGACCAACCUACUUUUGUGUGCUGUGUGGCCUUAUUUUGCUUCUUGAUACAGAGGCCAAAGCCAGGCACCCUCCCGGUUACGUUGUAUAUGGCCUGAAGCUCUUCUCUCCAGUGUCCCUGCAGUCAGCUAGGGACUACUUAAUAGUCUUUUUGUAUUGCUUUCCUGCAAUUUCCCUUCUUGGGCUCUUUCCACAAAUCAACACUUUCUGCAUUUAUCUUUUGGAACAAACAGACAUGCUGUUUUUUGGAGGUUCUGCCGUGUCUGGGAUCACCUCUGCCGUCUACAGCAUGGCCCGAAGCAUCUUGGCCACUGCCCUGCUCUACGCUGUCUGCUUCAGUGCGGUGAAGGAACCGUGGAGUACACAACACAUCCCGGCGCUGUUUUCAGCCUUCUGUGGCCUCCUGGUUGCGCUUUGCUACCAUCUGAGCCGUCAGAGCAGUGACCCCUCCGCGCUCAUGUCCUUCAUUCAGUGCAGACUGUUUCCUAAGUUUUUACAUCAAAAUCUAGAAGAGUCAGCAGCAGACCCUCUCGCCAAAAAGAUGAAAGAUUCAGUGAAGGAUGUCUUAAAAUCGGAUCUCAUCAUCUGCGCAGUAUUCGCUGUCCUCUCAUUUGCAGUCAGCGCCAGCACUGUGUUCCUGUCGUUGCGACCGUUCCUCAGCAUCGUGCUGUUUGCCUUGGCUGGCACCGUGGGGUUUGUAACACAUUACCUACUGCCUCAGCUCCGCAAGCACCAUCCCUGGAUGUGGAUUUCACACCCCAUCCUCAAAAACAAGGAGUAUCAUCAAUGGGAAGUGAGCGAUGUCGCCCAUUUAAUGUGGUUUGAAAGACUCUAUGUUUGGCUUCAGUGUUUUGAAAAGUAUAUCUUGUACCCAGCAGUAAUUUUGAAUGCCCUCACUAUUGAUGCAUUCUCAAUAAGCAAUCACCGGAGACUUGGUACUCACUGGGACAUUUUCCUGAUGAUCAUUGCUGGCAUGAAGCUGCUGCGGACUUCGUUCUGCAACCCGGUUCACCAGUUCAUUAACCUGAGCUUCACCGUCAUCUUUUUCCAGUUUGACUACAGAGAUAUUUCAGAGAGUUUCUUACUGGAUUUCUUCACGGUGUCCAUUUUAUUUAGCAAGCUCGGGGACCUGCUUCACAAGUUACAGUUCGUCCUGACCUAUGUGGCUCCUUGGCAGAUGGCUUGGGGUUCUUCAUUCCACGUGUUUGCUCAGCUCUUUGCUGUCCCUCAUUCUGCCAUGCUUUUCUUUCAGACAAUUGCUACGUCAAUCUUUUCUACUCCAUUGAGCCCAUUUCUGGGAAGCGUCAUUUUCAUCACGUCGUAUGUCAGGCCAGUGAAAUUCUGGGAGAAAAACUAUAAUACCAAGAGAGUGGAUAAUUCCAACACAAGACUGGCAGUCCAAAUUGAAAGGGAUCCAGGGAAUGAUGACAACAAUCUCAAUUCCAUCUUUUAUGAGCACUUGACAAGAACCCUCCAGGAGUCCCUCUGUGGAGACUUAGUUCUUGGCCGCUGGGGCAACUACAGCUCUGGCGAUUGCUUCAUUUUGGCUUCAGAUGACCUCAAUGCCUUCGUUCACCUGAUUGAAAUUGGAAAUGGCCUUGUCACCUUUCAACUUCGAGGACUGGAAUUCCGAGGAACCUACUGCCAGCAGAGAGAGGUAGAGGCCAUCAUGGAAGGCGACGAGGAUGACAGGGGCUGCUGCUGCUGUAAGCCGGGACACCUGCCCCACCUGUUGUCCUGCAAUGCUGCCUUUCACCUCCGCUGGCUCACCUGGGAGAUCACUCGGACGCAGUACAUCCUGGAGGGCUACAGCAUCCUGGACAACAACGCGGCCACCAUGCUGCAGGUGUUUGACCUCCGAAGGAUCCUCAUCCGCUACUACAUCAAGAGUAUCAUUUACUUUAUGGCAACGUCCCCCAAACUCCUCUCCUGGAUGAAAAACGAGUCGCUUCUGAAGUCCCUGCAGCCCUUUGCCAAGUGGCAUUACAUUGAACGUGACCUUGCGAUGUUCAACACUAACAUUGAUGACGACUACGUCCCGUGUCUCCAGGGGAUAACACGCGCGAGCUUCUGCAAUGUGUAUCUGGAAUGGAUUCAGCACUGCGCACGGAAAAGACAAGAGCCUUCCAAGACCGUGGACAGCGACGAGGAUUCCCCUUUGGUGACCCUCUCCUUUGCCCUGUGUAUCCUGGGGAGAAGAGCUCUGGGAACUGCAGCACACAACAUGGCCAUCAGCCUGGAUUCUUUCCUGUAUGGCCUCCAUGCCCUCUUCAAAGGUGACUUUAGAAUAACAGCACGAGACGAGUGGGUAUUUGCUGACAUGGACCUGCUGCAUAAAGUCGUCGCUCCAGCUAUUAGGAUGUCCUUGAAACUUCACCAGGACCAGUUCACGUGCCCCGACGAGUAUGAAGACCCAGCCGUACUCUACGAGGCCAUCCAGUCCUUCGAAAAGAAGGUGGUCAUCUGCCACGAGGGUGACCCGGCCUGGCGGGGCGCGGUGCUGUCCAACAAGGAGGAGCUGCUCACCCUGCGGCACGUGGUGGACGAGGGCACCGACGAGUACAAGGUCAUCAUGCUCCACAGAAGCUUCCUGAGCUUCAAGGUGAUCAAGGUUAACAAAGAAUGCGUGCGAGGGCUCUGGGCGGGGCAGCAGCAGGAGCUCAUCUUCCUUCGCAACCGCAAUCCGGAGCGUGGCAGCAUCCAGAACAACAAGCAGGUGCUGCGGAACCUGAUUAAUUCCUCCUGUGAUCAGCCGCUGGGCUACCCCAUGUAUGUCUCUCCGCUGACCACAUCCUAUCUAGGGACCCACAGGCAGCUAAAGAACGUCUGGCGCGGACCCGUCACGCUGGACAGCAUUAGGAUGUGGCUGCGGACCAAGUGGUUGAGGAUGCGGAAGGACUGCGAUGCCCGCCAGCGCAGCAGCGGCCACGCUGAGGAUGGGGACGGCGGAGGGGCCCCGGCGGCAGGUGGCAGUGGCGUCCCGAGUGGCGGCAGUCAGGAAAGCAGCGCAGAGCAGCCCAGAAAAGAUGGCUCCCAGCACUGGGCCUCAUCUCGUGAAGGGACACAGAGGACAGGCAGGAGGAAAGGCCGGAGUCAGUCUGUCCAGGCACGCUCCGCCCUGAGCCAGAGGCCGCCCACCCUGAGCUCAUCAGGCCCGAUCCUAGAGAGCCGCCAGGCCUUCCUCCAGACGUCCACCUCCGUCCACGAGCUGGCCCAGAGGCUCUCGGGCAGCCGGCUCUCCUUGCACACCUCGGCCACGUCACUGCAUUCCCAGCCCCCGCCCGUCACCACCACGGGCCACCUGAGCGUCCGCGAGCGAGCCGAGGCGCUCAUCAGGUCCAGCCUGGGAUCCUCCACCAGCUCCACCCUGAGCUUCCUUUUUGGCAAGAGGAGCUUCUCCAGUGCUCUGGUCAUCUCGGGUCUCUCGGCCGCCGAGGGGGGCAACACCAGUGACACCCAGUCCUCCAGCAGCGUCAACAUUGCGAUGGGCCCCUCGGCCAGGGCCGCUGGCCACGCCGCACGGCACUUCUCCGAGCCAUGUGAGCCCACGGAUGCCACUGAGCAGCGGCAGCUCCGUGACCAACGUCGUGCUGAGGCCAUGGCAGAGAAUGUCGGGGUGAUCUGCAGGAGGGCAAGCCAGGAAGACAUGGGCCUGGAUGACACGGCUUCGCAGCAAAGUGCUUCAGACGAGCAGUGAUGGGUGCGUCUGGGGGGGGAGAGACUGGCUUCCCCCCUGUUCCUUGUACCCCCCAAAUCAAAAAAAUCUAAUCUUGCGAUCAGCGGGGAGGCUCUUCCUGUGACCAAAGGAGAGUAAUUCUAGAAAACAAUAACUUUAUCUCAGGUUCUUGAAAAUAAAGUCUUCUUAAAUGAUGAAAAAAUACCCCCCACCCCCGCCCUGCACUAUGCUGCCCAGAGCAGCAUGACACGGACGGCACCACACUCUUACAAAAGUCAUCUCGUAUCUUAAAACAACUAGAGUAAGUAGAGCCCACGAAUAACUCCUUCCUGUCCUGAUAAAAAUAAGACAACUGCAUGUUGAAUAGUUGGCACUUUAUGCAUUACUGUUACCAUGAAAAAGACACGAACAGCAGCACAUCUGACACCACCCGCUGGUCAAACGCGUGAAGGCUAAAUCUACGUGUACAGAAAACCAGACCUCUUUAUCGCAUUUAUGCAGAUGUUAAGCAUAAAAUAGUGGCAGCUUUAUGACAAGAACCAUGAUCGUGCAUGCAGUCCUGUCUCAAGUAUUCUGUGAUGAGCCAGGAUACAUUAGGAGGUGAGUUGAGAAAUUGAGUCGUCGGGCGCAUGGAAGCCAGCGUGGAAUCAUCAGGCUUCUCCAGCUGCCCCAGCGACCUGCAGCCACCGUGCUCAUGGGACACAUACCUGCUCUCUAAGCCGAGGGGCCCUCAUUGAAUCACAGAACACUUGCACACACUUGUUUUUGGAAUUAAAAAAUUUAUAGUUA